AUGAAAGUCUGUUCUGUUCUCUUCAUUGCUCUCGUCGCUGUCGCUUCUGCUACAGAAACCCAGCCCGAACGCCACUUGGCUGCUGUCUGCAAACCCAAGAAUCUGGACUUUUCUCAGUUCUCCAACGGGGAAUUCAUCGAUAAUGUCAACGAAAUUCCUGGGUUCGGCGUCAAGAUCGACGUAAAAACAGGAUCGCCGGGAAAAUGCCAAUCUCCGAAGGCUCAGAUUAUCGACACGGAAGGUGAUCUUGCUGACGGGUGUGGCUCUGAUCCCGUUGACUCGGAUCUAUCAUCGAACUUUCUUGGCAAAGCGGUCAUUAUUGGAUCCAAGGGAACGACAUGCGUCGCUAACGAUUGCCGUUUCGGAGGGACCGUUACUUUCACAUUCUCCAAGAAAAUCAACCUCAAGUACUUCGACCUUCUGGAUAUUGAUGAAGACAUUAGCGCCACUCUUACUUUCUUCGAUGAUAGCGUCGUCGAACUUGGAAGUGCGCCCAUCAUUGGUGACAAUGGUUUCUACCGCUGGAGUGUAAACAGUGUCAAUGUGAAGAAGCUUGCUGUCAAGUUUAAGCGGUCUGGAGCCAUCCCCAAUGUUGUUUGGCGUGAAUGUCCCGGAGAACCUGGUACAUUCGGGGAUCCUCAUUUUAAGACUUGGGCUGGUCACAAGUUUGACUAUCACGGACAGUGCGAUCUCGUCCUCACGAGUGCUCCAAACGCUGCCGAGGGUAAGGGACUCGACGUCCAUGUUCGCGCCACCCACAAGAAGUUUUUCUCCUACAUUAGCGCUACUGCAAUCAGAAUUGGCAACGAAGUUUUCGAAGUCGCCAAUCACGGAAAGGUGUACCUUAACGGGAAUGAAAACAUCGAUUUCGAGAAGGACGUGACCAUAUCGGGUUACCCCAUCAAGUUCAAUGACACCCCCGCUCCAAAUGGUCGCCUUCAGACUAUGUAUAACGUCCAUCUAAGCGAACACGAACGCAUCGAAAUCAAGGUCUUCAACGUCUUUAUUUCCGUCAAGAUCCGCUCCCCUAGUGCUGAGCAUUUCAUGGGCUCUAGCGGCAUAAUGGGCGAUUUCUACACAGGACUCAUGUUCUCGCGUGACGGCCAAAUAUUAACCAAUCCUGACGAGUUUGGUGCUGAAUGGCAGGUCAACGCUGACGAUGGAAAUAUCUUCCGUACUGUCCAAGAACCUCAGUUCCCAGCAAAAUGCCUGGCACCGGAGCCUAUGGACCAAUCGCGCAUGCUACGGCAUGGUAUUACUUAUCAACAGGCCGAAGAAGCCUGCAACUUCUGGAAUGAGGACAAGGAGGCGUGUAUUUACGACAUCUUAGCUACGGGAGAUCUGGAAAUGGCGGGCGCCUAUUAGAUUUCGUUACCCAAAGUUUUCGAUGGAACGGCCGUGUAAGACUUCGUUGACUGAAUCCUGCAGCCCUUCCGCCUCACAUAAAUUGAUGCAGAUAAUUUAAACGCCGACCUGGUAUUUUUAUAAAGUAUUGCAUUUUAUCUAC